AUGUACGACGCUUGGCGGCGUAUAUUUCGGUAUUUCACACCUGCUGAACGGAUCCGCUAUGAGCGAGUAUCGAAACCCUGGAUGGAGCUGUUGAAUGAGUACUGGAGAACGGUAGUUUCGAUAGAUACACACGAGCUGUGCGACGGGGUUCCAGCAAAAUAUUGGUCCGAUUGCGUAGCAGCUGCUCUAGGUAAGAUACAUUGCUGUAGUGCAGCGAGUGAACAGGCAUUUUUUGGAAAAAAUUAUGGCGACUUUUUCCAAUAA